AUGCCGGGGGACCGCUCGCCCACGGCGGAGCACCGGCGGGGGAUCCGGCGCCUCCUCCUGCACCCCCGGGGCGAGGCCUCUUCCUCGUCCUCGCCUCCGCCUCCGGCGCCCCCGCCUCCGCCGGCGCCGGAGGAGGGGAGGCGGAAGGGGUUCGCCUUGGCGGCGCUGCGCGGCCUGGGCUGCACGUCGGAGGCGGCGUCGCAGGCGUACGCUCCCGGGGCCGGGGCGGCCGCGGCGGCCGCCGUGCGGUCGUCGGCGGACUGGCACGGGCGGCAACGGCGGCGGAGGGGCGGCAAGGACAGGCGGAAGGAGCGUGGCGGCGGCGGCGGCGGGGGCGGGGGCGGGGGAGGAGGCGGAGGCGGGGGCUUCGUCACCGGGGGGAUCGACGCCGACGUGUGGUGCGCGCCCGGGAUACCCUUCGCCGCGGAGGCGUCCUCGGUGGACUGCGUGGUGGCGCGCCACCAGAUGGUUGGGAGGGGCGGCCGCGGCGCCGACGGGGAGAGGUCCCACAGAGACAGAGAGCGGCCGUGCCUGUCCCGGAGGGCGUCCGUGCAGGAGCAGAUAUCCUCGUCCUUCAUGGACUCGCCGCCGCCGCCGCACCUCGACGCCCCCUUCUUCGGCGCGGAUCUCAUCCCCUCCGGCCGUCUCCGCCGGAUGCGCGGGUACCGCCACUCCCCCGGAGGUCUCGAGGAAGAGAUAAUGAUGUUUCAGACAAGAGUGUUACUGGGAGGAAUGAACAUGUACGAUCGCUACCAGGAUUGGCGCCUUGACGUUGAUAACAUGACAUACGAGGAGUUGCUCGAGCUUGGAGACAAAAUUGGAUACGUCAACACAGGGUUACGUGAGGACGAGAUUACUCGCAACCUUAGGAAGGUCAAGCACCCAUCCUUUAGUUCUUUCCGGUUCGCAACAGAAAUGGAAAGGAAAUGCAGUAUUUGCCAAGAAGAAUUUGAAGCAAAUGAAGAGAUGGGAAGGCUAGACUGUGGCCAUAGCUACCAUGUGUACUGCAUCAAGCAGUGGCUCUCUCAGAAGAACACUUGCCCAGUUUGCAAGACUGCCGUUAGCAAGAAUUGA